GAAAAUAAUUUAAUUUUUACAAAAACAUUAAUGCGGUAUUAAAACUUAAAACCCAAAAAAAAAAAAAAGUGCAAAAGUCCCUUCAUUGACUAAAUACGAAUAAAGCUUUUGCCGCCUAUAUUUAAAGGCUACCAGUCGUAAGCUGCACAAUGUCUGAAGCAAACUCGUCUCCAAGUGCAAAAAAUAAGGAGGAGAAGCCAAAACUAAAAAUUUUAGCUUUUCAUGGCUAUAGGCAAAAUGGGACUUUAUUUAGAGGUAAAAUUGGAUCCUUUAGGAAAGCUGUGUCUAAAUAUGCUCAGUUAGUGUUUAUAUCCGCACCACAUAGAGUAGCUACAGAUGAUGGGACUGGGGAUGAAGAUGCCCGGUCCUGGUGGUUCAAUGCUGAAGACAACUCAUUCAGUGGAAAAUGUUUGGGUGGGCCUGCAAUAGGAUUUGAAGACACUUUAAACUUGAUCAAGGAAGUUGUGGAGGAGUAUGGUCCAUUUGAUGGGUUCAUGGGCUUCUCACAAGGAGCCUGCCUUGUUGGAAUACUUGCAGCUAUGCAGCAAAAAGGAUAUUUACCAUAUACAUUUAAAUUUGCAAUAUUUGCAUCUGGGUUCAGAUCUGGUAGUUUAGUACACAAGGGUUUCUAUGAUGAAGACAUUAAUUUGCCUUCACUGCAUGUAUAUGGGGAAAGUGACUCCAUAAUACCUAAAGAAAUGAGUGAAUCCCUAAUAAACCUGUUCACUAAUGCAACAGUGGCAGAGCAUUUGGGAGGGCAUUAUGUUGCAUGUUCUGGUUCAGUAAAGGAAGCUUAUUUAGAUUUUCUACAUGAAAGAUAUCAAGAUUUGAUAGAGACCCAACAGACAUAUGAAAGUAAAGACAUAUAGGUUCACAGUUACAAAUUGAAAAUAGAGAAUAUAGAGAAGAAAUGGAAGAAACAUGUUAAUACAGAUUUGAUUUUAUCUAUUGCUAAUAAACUAGAAUUUAACAACA